UCGAUAAUCGAUUGAGAAUAUCAGCUGGAAACGAUGUUUUAUUCAAUUUCAUGAAGGACAUUUGUUUUCAUUCUGCUUAAGUGUUAUUUUAUUUCAAUAAUUAACAGUAAUUAAACCAGCCAUGCCGGAACCAUUUGACAAUAUUCCAGAGCAUUCUUACAAAAAGGAAGGAUAUCUCAUUGGUCCUUUUGGUCGAAAAAGAGACAAUUUUCCUCGUAACUACUUGUCACCUAUUACUGAUUUUGUGUUCAAUUUGUAUGAUAAACCAGCAACUUGGCUUCAUGAUAAAGUGAUUGUCCCUAACCGAAAACAGAGUGUGUAUUAUCAUUGGAAAUUUCCUCGAGUUCCAACAGUUGAUGAAUGCUAUGUUGAUGAUUAUGCUUGUCUUUAUGAAGCAGAUAUGCAAUACAAAAGGGACAGAAUGGUAGAACAAAAUAUAAUAAGAGUUCUGGACCGUAGAGUACUUGACUGUGAGCAAGCAUUUGGUGGUAUUGAAUCGAGUGGUUCUGUCGAGUGGUGUAGAGAAGUUAAGAAAGAUUUAGAAGAUGCUCAAACCAAUUACAUGAUAAAAUAUGGUGAGCUACCAACUGAUGGAACUUCCAGGUUGAAUUUAAUGGAAGCUAAAACAAGGUCUGCUGAUGUUUACCUCAAGCAGAAACAUCGUUAUAUCUGGGAAAGACGACAACAAAUGAAAGCAAAACAGGAACAGCUAGAUAAAACUCAAGAAUCUGACUGAAAAUCAUGUAACUAUUCAAUAUGUUGAAAAUGUUUAGAUGCUAUUCAACAAGCUAUUGCAUUGUAAUCUUAAGCUAGGUCUUUAGAUAUUGACUGUUUUUGUCUAAUUUGGCCUGUAACCGUUAACUCUUCGCAGUCAUAAAAAGAAUUAUAUGAACCUUUGAUAAAUCAAAAA